AUGCGCAACCUCGACAACUUAGCGACAGAAGAGGAAAUAAAAAAGUCAAUGAAACUGAAAAUUGGCGAAGAUGCCGAGCAAGUGAAUAUAAGGGGCUUGCGCAAGUCCUUUAGAGGCAAACAGAUGGCCAUUUUAAGUAUGCCGCGUACUAUAGCAGCCAAACUACUAAAAGAAGGCUUUAUAGAAGUUGGCUGGGACAUGUGUCCGAUUCGCGAGAGGCAUGCCCAAAAAAGAUGCUACAAGUGUCUAUGCUUCGGGCACAAAGCAGAAAAUUGCACUAGUGCCAAAGACCGCACAAACUGGUGCCUUAGAUGCGGACAGACUGAGCACAAAGCAGCCACAUGCAACAAUAAGCCAGUUUGCUUUAACUGCGUAGACGCAAAACGCACAGAUGUGAGCCACUACACUGGUAGUCGUCGUUGCCCGCUGGCAACCACAGGUGAGCAAGACGCCAGCAAGAAAUGGAUUACUUCCGAAAUCGCAAGCUACGAUAUAGCACAAGGAGUGGCGAUCGAAUUCACGAAGUACGAGGUGGAGUUCCACAAGGCUCGGUACUUGGCCCGAUACUGUGGAAUGCUAUGUAUGACGGCAUUUUACGAAUAA